AUGACCUCCAAACAGAAGAUCGCGAUCAUCGGCAGUGGUUGGGGAGGAUAUAACGUGGCACACGCCCUGGAUACCAGCAAAUAUGACGUUAUAGUAAUCUCCCCCGAGGAAACGUCAGCCAUCACUUCACUUCUGGCCAGUGCAGCCUGCGGUCUCUUUUACUCGCAACUGGCCGAGGAGCCCAUCCGGCACAAACACCUCGACGUGCAAUACAUCAAAGCCUACGCCCAGGGCAUUCAGUUCGAAGAGAAAGCUAUCGUCUGUCGGCCUGCAUUCAAUUCGCUCAAGGAUGAAUCGUUUAAAAUUUUCUACGAUAAGGUGGUGAUCUCUCCCGGCUGCUCGACGAAUACGUUCAAUAUCCCUGGGGUCAACGAGCACGCCUUCAUGGUGAAGAACGUUAGCGACGCCAAUGCCAUCCGCGACAAGAUCAACCAAAACCUGGAGAUUGCCUCGCUGCCAUGCACCACUGAGAAGCAGCAGAGGCAGCUCCUACACAUAAAGAUUUGA